AUGGCGGAUGACAACAACAGCCGCCGCCAUCGCCGCCGCAGCAGCAGCACCAACAGCGCCAGCACCAACAGCACCAGCAACAGCAACAAGAUGGCGGACUGGGUGCCGGCACGGCUGCGCAAGCAGUACGUGGACGGCGCCGUGGCCGUGCUUUUGGUGGUGGCCACCCAGGCCGUGAUCCUGGGGCUCACCAGUGCGGGCGACCGCAUGAACAACUUCUCGGCCGCAAUCCUGGGCAUGGCGGCCCUGGCCAUCACCAUCAUUGCCCUGGACGGCGGCUUCCGGGUGCUGUCCAGCAACCCGGAAGCCGUCCAGGACUUCUACCAGAAGCACCUGGCCGCACCGUCCAACCUCCUCAACCGGCACAUGGCCAUCGGCUUCACCGUGCCGUUUGUGCACAUCUUCAAGGCCACGGCGGCAAGCCCAAGGGAGAUUGGGCUGAUAACAGCCAUGUUUGUGCUAUGCGGAAUCAUCUUCCCGGUCGUCGUUUUCGGCAUGACCUACGCGCUGCAAAGCGCCCUGAUCUUCGCCCGCCGCCCCGCCCGCCCCAGCCGCCGCCCGGCUGGCCUCGUCGACCCGCCCGCCGAGAGCGGCGACCGUAAGAACCGGCGCCUCUCCAACCAGUCGACGCUGAUCGGGCAGCGGACGCCCCGGGACGCCGCCACCGACGCCGACGAGUUCCAGGACGUGGCCCUGGACGACGACGACGACGACCGGAACCAGGCCCCUCCCCCUCCGACCGCUUACGCCCCCGCCCCAGACUCCCCCCAGCGGCACCCCCACGCGGCCCGGCUGAUGGACUGGGUCCUAUCCAACAUCACCCUGUACGCCUGCGUCUUCUCGGUCCCCAUCGCCGUCGUGAUCGCCAGCUGCACCGACGCCACCGUCCCGCUCGACGUGUCGGUCCUCUUCACGGCCUGGCUGGCGUCGCACGCGCUGCAGCGCUGGGUGAGCCAGGGGUCGUUGGCCAUGCGGCGGCACCCGCGCGUCCGCACCGCCGUGGCCGUCUGCCUGCUCAACCCGGUGCUCAUCACGGCCGGCGCGACGGUCGCCUACAUCCACGCGCGCUGGGCGCUCCGGGUGUCUAAGGGGCAGCCCGAGACGCAGCUGGUCGACGUCGUCAGGGGCUUCCAGUCCGGCACGACGGUGGCCCGGUACGCGAUGCGGCACAUCCUCGGCGGCGGCGGCGGCGUCGGCGACGAGGACGCGGGCGGGGAGGCGGGCCACCGCCGGGGCCGCCAGCAUGUGGGCGCCGGCGACUUGGCCACGUCGAUCCUCGAGUCUGGCCUCGCGGCCUGGGGCUUCAAGCUGUUCGAGUGCCGCCGCCAGCUGGCGUCGCCGACGGGCCUGGUCGUGCUCGCCGCCUCGGCCGCCGCCGCCGCCGUGACCGUCGUGUCGGCGCCGCUGCUGGCGCACGCGGGCGCCGGGCUCGCGUCCGCGCAGAGCCUGUCCUUCGCCACGCGCAGCGUCACGCUGGCCCUGGGCACGCCCGUCCUGACGCGCCUGGGCGGAGAUGUGGGUGCGAACGCGGCCAUGGUCGUCUUCAACGGCGUUGUCUUCCAGGUCGCCAUGGGGCUCGGGCUCGGGCGGUGGGCGGCCGCGCGCCUCGGUGCGGUGCGUGACCGGUGCGCGGAGAUGUGGGAGAGCUCUAGACGCCGAGCGGCGGGCGCAUCGGACGCGCAGGGCGACGACCACAAGGGACAUGGUCACCCGGACCUGGAGCUGGGGGAUAUACGCCAUGAUAGAGAAGCCGUUGCAGAUCUCGCACGUCAGCUCAGUAGACAGCUUUCGUCGCCGCAGCCGCAACAACAACAGCAGCAGCAAACACAUUCACUCCGUCCACGCCUCGACGUCCCCCCUGGCUUUCCAAACCCGCCGAGCAGAAACCGGCACGCGCACAUGUCGGUAGAUUCGCCACCCCCGACCCCCAUAACAUCCAGCGCCACACAAACCCCCGCGGCUCCAUCUAUUCUUGUCUCUCCGCCUGCGUCGCCGAACGCCGCAUCGUCGGGUCACGAUCACGUCGUCCAGCAGCAACAAGAACCCCAAACCACCUCUGAUAACUCCACUGCCGGCGCCACCACCGAAGACGCCCGGACCGUCGCCACGGGCGUCACCGUCGGGAUAAACGCCGCCGCCAUGGGCACGUCGUACCUGUACGAGAGCCAGAGCCGCGCCGCGCCGUACUCGACGCUCGCCAUGACGCUGUUCGGGGUCAUGACCGUCGUCUUGCUCUCCGUCAGCCCGCUGGCCGAAUGGCUAAUGUGGAUGCUAGAGCACUAG